AUGCCAGAAAUGCCAGUGCUGCCAGUAGUGAUACCAGUGAUGCCAGUGAUGCCAGUGAUGCCAGUAAUACUUAAAACAUUUAUUGUAUUAAUAUCUAAUCCAGGAGUAGUCAUUAACCCGCUACCUCGGAUAGAGACUAAUAGUAAGAGACACGACAUAUUUGGCGACGAGGGUAAACUGAAGCCAGGAAGAAACGAAUCUCAUACGUAUAAGAAAAAGUGUGAGGUUAAAAAUGUCCACGAGCAACCGGAAGAAAAGACCCUGGAAGAAUUGUUCUCAAAUCUCAGAACACAUUACAAACCAGCACCAAAAGCAUUGGCGGAAAGAUAUCGGUUCAUGAGUAGGAAACAAAACCAAGGAGAAUCAACUGCUCAAUACCUCGCAGAACUUCGUCCUCUAGCCAUAAACUGUAAGUUUGAUACAGAUCUUGAUACACGUUUGAGAGAUCAAUUUAUAUUUGGUUUGCGUAACGAAGUAGCGCAAAAACAGCUAUUCACCAGACCGGAUGAAAUAAAGCUAGAAGAAGUUGUGGCUAUAACCACAGCACAUGAGCUCUCGGAACAAAGUCUGUCGCUUAUUCGUGGAAGUACUCAUCAAAGGGAAGAGGUCAACAAAAUAAGGAAUAUAUCAAGGCAGAAAGAGAAUCAAUACAAGAAGAAUGGAAAAUCUUCGAAUAAUUGGAAAUCCAGGAAGGAAUGUACAAGAUGCGGCUCAACGGAUCAUAAUCCAUAUAAUUGUCCACACAAGGAUUCCAAAUGUUAUGCGUGUGGGAAACAAGGAUAUUUGGCCUGUAAAUGUAGAAACGGCUCACAAAAACAAGGUCAAGAAACGAAGAAACAAAUUAAACAAAACAACAUGAUAGAUAUCCGAACAGCAGAGGUACUAUCAUCCAGUCAAUCAGCGCAACGGAAAAUAUGGAUUACUGUAAAAGUAAAUGGAAUUCCUCAUCGGAUGGAAAUGGAUACAGGAUGUGAACGCAGCAUAAUUUCUAAGAAGUUUUGGGAAGAUUCAAAGGAUAGAAAAUUGAUUACUACGGAAAACAUAGAAAUGUUGCCAGUAACGCUUAAGGAGAUACGCACUGCUACAGCAAGGGAUAAGGUACUCUCAAAAGUAUUGUCAUUCAUUAGUAGUAAAUGGCCAAACUCAAUAGGAAAGGAAGAUGAAGAUCUACACAGCUACUUCAGGAAACGAGAAGAGUUAACUAUACAACAAGGAGUAAUAAUGUGGGGGAUCAGAGUAGUCAUCCCUUACACACUUCAGAAGAAGCUUCUUCAAAGUCUUCAUGAAACACACACUGGAAUUGUCAAAAUGAAAGGCCUAGCAAGACAGUACAUAUGGUGGCCAAAUAUGGACAAGGAGAUAGAAGACAUUGCAAAAAGCUGUACCAGUUGUUGUGCUAGCAGGCCGGAUCCACCAAGCGCACCGUUACACCCAUGGCAGUUUCCAGAAAAACCAUGGCAGAGACUUCACAUCGAUCUCGCAGGACCAUUGCAGAACAGGAUGUUCCUGAUAAUCAUGGACGCACAUAUAAAAUGGCCAGAAGUAUACGACAUGCAUGGGGACACUACGAGCAAGAAAGUAAUUGAGAAGCUGAGAGACUGUUUUGUGAGAUUUGGUAUUCCAGAACAAAUAAUCUCAGAUAACGGAAGACAAUUUGUAUCAGCAGAGUUUAAGAGAUUCUGUAGGAACAAUGGGAUUCGACACACAACGAGCUCUGCGUGCCAUCCACGAACCAAUGGGGAAGCGGAACGAUUCGUACAAACGCUCAAGAAAGCAGUAUCUAAGUCAGAAGGCGAACUAAUUUUCCGGGUGCAACGCUUUCUUUUUAGUUACAGGUGCACGCCACACACGACUACAGGGACAUCACCAGCGGAGUUGCUCAUAGGACGCAGACCACGGAAUGUAUUCGAUUUAGUAAAACCCGAUGUCCAGAGAACAGUAGCAGCAGCACAAGCCAGACAAGAAAAGAACUAUAAUUCUCGAGUAAGGAAUCGCAAGUUCGAAGAGGGAGAAGAGGUUUGGGUUCGUACAUAUUCCAAAAACGAAGCCAAAUGGUCACUAGGAGUCAUUGUUAAAGUUUUGGGACCAGUAACAUAUCUUGUUCGAGUUGGAGAUUAA